AGCGCCACAAUGGACAAGAGCAACACGGUGAAGCUCUUCGUGGGCAACCUGGCUCUGGACACCACCCAGGAGGAGCUGUCGGCCAUCUUUGAGUCGUAUGGCGAGGUGGUCAGCUGCAGCGUUCUCCGACAGUUUGCCUUUGUACACCUACAGGUAGGAUAUAGAUAUCCCAUAGGGAGGACUAAGGUCUGUUUCCCAAUUCUCUAUACUUCUCCUGAAGUGUACAUUUAGUUGCAUACUGUUCUUCAUGGCUUUAACAAUGGUCUAAACUUCGUCUAGGCAAAAUGUACAGCAACCAAUCCUAUGCUUUUAAAUCCAUGACGGGGAGGGCACUCCAGAACUGUAUGUUGGUUUAUUUUUAUUUUAUUUUUUUAGGGGGUAGAUCAGCUUUAAUAUUUCAGAUAGAUUGUAACUUCCAUCAAUGUAAUUGUCUGCAUCACUUCCAAUCCCCCAUAUGUUUUUUUUCUCUCGCAUAUAUAUAUAUAUAUAUAUACACACACACACACAUAUAUAUAUAUAUAUACAUACAUACAUACAUACAUACAUACAUACAUACAUACAUACAUACAUACAUCCAUACACACACACAUAUCCUUUUUAAAAUUAUAUUUCCCUUCAUUACUUUCCAACCCCACCACCCCUUCCCCAAUUGGAGUAAACUAGUGAACAACAACGCUUAGGCCUCUACUUCCGGCCCAUACAUACUAUAUACAUUUUAUGGACACAGUCAAAUUCUACAAUAAUUAUAUUUUGUUUGUUUUUACUCCUGAACUUCCUCCGAUCAUUUUCAUGAUGUCCAUCCGGUUUGCUUCUAUAUGCCAUAUUUUUCUAACUGUGCUCUUUCACAAAAGCUCUCAACCUAUAACCUAUAUACAGUGGGGGGAAAAAAGUAUUUAGUCAGCCACCAAUUGUGCAAAUUCUCCUACUUAAAAAGAUGAGAGGCCUGUAAUUUUCAUCAUAGGUACACGUCAACUAUGACAGACAAAAUGAGAAAAAGAAAUCCAGAAAAUCACAUUGUAGGAUUUUUAAUGAAUUUAUUUGCAAAUUAUGGUGGAAAAUAAGUAUUUGGUCAAUAACAAAAGUUACUCAAUACUUUGUUAUAUACCCUUUGUUGGCAAUGACACAGGUCAAACGUUUUCUGUAAGUCUUCACAAGGUUUUCACACACUGUUGCUGGUAUUUUGGCCCAUUCCUCCAUGCAGAUCUCCUCUAGAGCAGUGAUGUUUUGGGGCUGUCGCUGGGCAACACGGACUUUCAACUCCCUCCAAAGAUGUUCUAUGGGGUUGAGAUCUAGGCCACUCCAGGACCUUGAAAUGCUUCUUACGAAGCCACUCCUUCGUUGCCCGGGCGGUGUGUUUGGGAUCAUUGUCAUGCUGAAAGACCCAGCCACGUUUCAUCUUCAAUGCCCUUGCUGAUGGAAGGAGGUUUUCACUCAAAAUCUCACGAUACAUGGCCCCAUUCAUUCUUUCCUUUACACGGAUCAGUCGUCCUGGUCCCUUUGCAGAAAAACAGCCCCAAAGCAUGAUGUUUCCACCCCCAUGCUUCACAGUAGGUAUCGUGUUCUUUGGAUGCAACUCAGCAUUCUUUGUCCUCCAAACACGACGAGUUGAGUUUUUACCAAGAAGUUCUAUUUUGGUUUCGUCUGACCAUAUGACAUUCUCCCAAUCCUCUUCUGGAUCAUCCAAAUGCACUCUAGCAAACUUCAGACGGGCCUGGACAUGUACUGGCUUAAGCAGGGGGACACGUCUGGCACUGCAGGAUUUGAGUCCCUGGCGGCGUAGUGUGUUACUGAUGGUAGGCUUUGUUACUUUGGUCCCAGCUCUCUGCAGGUCAUUCACUAGGUCCCCCCGUGUGGUUCUGGGAUUUUUGCUCACCGUUCUUGUGAUCAUUUUGACCCCACGGGGUGAGAUCUUGCGUGGAGCCCCAGAUCGAGGGAGAUUAUCAGUGGUCUUGUAUGUCUUCCAUUUCCUAAUAAUUGCUCCCACAGUUGAUUUCUUCAAACCAAGCUGCUUACCUAUUUUAGAUUCAGUCUUCCCAGCCUGGUGCAGGUCUACAAUUUUGUUUCUGGUGUCCUUUGACAGCUCUUUGGUCUUGGCCAUAGUGGAGUUUGGAGUGUGACUGUUUGAGGUUGUGGACAGGUGUCUUUUAUACUGAUAACAAGUUCAAACAGGUGCCAUUAAUACAGGUAACGAGUGGAGGACAGAGGAGCCUCUUAAAGAAGAAGUUACAGGUCUGUGAGAGCCAGAAAUCUUGCUUGUUUGUAGGUGACCAAAUACUUAUUUUCCAAUAAAUUCAUUAAAAAUCCUACAAUGUGAUUUUCUGGAUUAUUUUUUCUCAAUUUGUCUGUCAUAGUUGACGUGUACCUAUGAUGAAAAUUACAGGCCUCUCUCAUCUUUUUAAGUGGGAGAACUUGCACAAUUGGUGGCUGACUAAAUACUUUUUUUCCCCCACUGUACUUAUUAUGGACACAGUAUGCUUUACAUUAGUUCUCUUGUUGUUGUUAUUAUGUUGGCUGUUACUUUGUGUGUACGUAGGUUACAUUGACUCCAUAUGGUACAACAUUCAUUUCCUUAUUGAGUGUUUCUCACAUUAAUGUUUUCUAAUGUACAGUGCUAUGAAAAAGUAUUUGCCCCCUUUCUAAUUUUCUCUACUUUUUGCAUAUUUGUGAUACUGAAUGUUAUCAGAUCUUCAACCAAAACCUAAUAUUAGAUAAAGGGAACAUAAGUGAACAAAUAACACAACAAUUACAUAUUUAUUUCAUAAACGUUAUGCAAUGCCCAAUUUCUCCUGUGUGAAAAAGUAAUUGCCCUCUUACACUCAAUAACUGGUUGUGCCACCUUUAGCUGCAAUGACUCCAACCAAAUCCUUCCUGUAGUUGUUGAUCAGUCUCUCACGUCGCUGUGGAGGAAUUUUGGCCCACUCUUCCAUGCAGAACUGCUUUAACUCAGUGACGUGUGGGUUUUCAAGCAUGAACUGCUCGUUUCAAGUCCUGCCACAACAUCUCAAUUGGGAUUAGGUCUGGACUUUGACUAGGCCAUUCCAAAACUUCCAAUUAGUUGCUUUUUAGCAAUUUUCAUGGUAGGCUUGAUUGUGUGUUUUGGAUCAUUGUCUUGCUGCAUGACCCAGCUGCGCUUCAGCUUCAGCUCACAGAUGGAUGGUCUGACAUUCUCCUGUAGAAUUCUCUGAUACAGAGCAGAAUUCAUGGUUCCUUCUAUUAAGGCAAGUCGUCCAGGUCCUGAGGCAGCAAAGCAUCCCCAAACCAUCACACCACCACCACCAUGCUUGACCUUUGGUAUGAUGUUCUUACUGUGGAAUGCAGUGUUUGGUUUUCGCCAGGCAUAAUGGGACCCAUCUCGUCCAAAAAGUUGACUCAAGUUUGCCAAAAAGCACCUGGAUGAUCAUCAAGACUCUUGGAAGAACGUUUUAUGGACAGAUGAUUCAAAAGUAUAACUUUUUGGACGACAUGGUUCCAGUAAUGCCUGGCAAAAACCAACCUCUGCAUUCCACAGUAAGAAUAUCAUACCAAAGGUCAAGCGUGGUGGUGUGAUGGUUUGGGGAUGCUUUGCUGCCUCAGGACCUGGACGACUUUCCUUAAUAGAAGGAACCAUGAAUUCUGCUCUGUAUCAGAGAAUUCUAGAGGAGAAUGUCAGACCAUCCGUCUGUGAGCUGAAGCGCAGCUGGUUUUGGAAUGGCCUAGUCAAAGUCCAGACCUAAUCCCAAUUGAGAUGUUGUGGCAGGACUUGAAACGAGCAGUUCAUGCUUGAAAACCCACACGUCACUGAGUUAAAGCAGUUCUGCAUGGAAGAGUGGGCCAAAAUUCCUCCACAGCGACGUGAGAGACUGAUCAACAACUACAGGAAGCAUUUGGUUGGAGUCAUUGCAGCUAAAGGUGGCACAACCAGUUAUUGAGUGUAAGGGGGCAAUUACUUUUUCACACAGGGGAAUUGGGUGUUGCAUAACUUUGUUUAUGAAAUAAAUAUGUAAUUGUUGUGUUAUUUGUUCACUUAUGUUUCCUUUAUCUAAUAUUAGGUUUUGGUUGAAGAUCUGAUAACAUUCAGUAUCACAAAUAUGCAAAAAGUAGAGAAAAUUAGAAAGGGGGCAAAUACUUUUUCAUAGCACUGUAAUAUUCAAAUGUAAAAUUAUCCUAUUAUUUAGUCAACAUUUUGUAAUGCAAUGUAAUCUACUCCCAGGGCGAGGGGGCUGCAGAGCGGGCCAUCAGUGAGCUGAACGGCAGGGAGUUCCGGGGGAGGAACCUGGUGGUGGAGGAGUCCCGGGGCAGACCGCUCCACUCCACCAAGGUGUUCGUGGGCAACCUGUCGGGCAUGUGCACCACUGAGGAUCUCCAAGAGCUCUUCCAGACCUUUGGCAAAGUACUGGAGUGCGACAAGGUCAAAGGUGAGCCACGCCCCUUCUCAUGGAGGGGUACUCAGAACGGAGAUUGUGCAGUACAUUAUGUUCCACCAGUGCUUGAAGUGGGCCGGUCAGUGCUGUCCGGUAUGAAGUACUAGCGCCUCAAAUGUUCUACUGCUGAAGGAAGUACUGUACCUCUUAUAGAAUAUUGGCUGUAAUAUGUGUACUAGCAUCGAAAUAUAAAGAGUUCCAGCAACCAAAAUGAGUACCGGCACCUAUUUCAGUGCACUUCAAGCACUGCAUACCAUUGAUAGCUAGUUAAGGUCCAAUGUAUGCUUAGCUGUUUAGGGCUUCUUCAUUAUGCAACUUGAAUAACAGUCAGGUAAGGUCUGUGUACAAUUGUAUAGAGCAGUAAGGAAAGUGUGUGUAUAGAGCGUUAAGGUGUGUGUGUGGCAUGCCCGGUGUGAUUCUAACUGGUGUCCCUGCGCUCAAUGACAGCCAGGCUCUCCUCUUCUGCAGGCUACGCCUUCGUGCACAUGGAGAACAAGGAGGAGGCUCUACAGGCCAUCGAGGCCCUCCACGGCACCUCCUUCAAGGGACGCCCGCUCUCUGUGGAGCUCUCCAAGGUGCUGUAGCGCGACACCCUGACAUAGAAAUAGAAUGGGGAAAGGGAUUGAUGGGUGGACCGGUGGCCAUUUUGAGUGGACCUGUGAGGGUGCGGCCAAAUUGCUGUGGUCUGAGGUGUUAUGCCUGUUCUAGUGACUGUAUUUCUAUGUGUACUACAGUACCCAUAAUGCUCUGCUUUGUAUAUCUGGUUUUAUCUCAGUAAAGAUGUUCCUGAAGGCUGUAGAAUGAUGUACUACAGUACCCAUAAUACUCUGUGUUCUAUGUCUUGUUGUCUCUUAGUAAAGAUGUCCCUGAAGCUAACAUGAUUGUGUCCUGUCUCAUUAUCCUUACAGGUACAGCCCUCCAAGCAAACCCCCACAGGGAAGAUCCCCUGUGUGAGCUGUGGGAAGCAGGGCCACUACGCUGGGGAGUGCCCUGUAGGGAAGUCCUCUCUGGAACAGUACCAGAGCCAGGCAGCCGUGUUAGCUGCAGCCGCCGCUGCCGCAGCCGGCCUCCCCCUCCAGGUCCAGCAGAGUGUCCACAACUCUGUCUACAACACCUCGACCUUUGACCCCACCUACGCGGCGCUGACGGGCCUCACCACCGGCACGCGGACGGACAGCAACCCCGUCAACCAGGCAGUGUACGGUGCCCUGGCGACGCAGGUCUACGGCGCCAACGUGGCCAAUCAGCUCUACGGAGUCCAGGCAGCCAAUCAGGCGGCAGCGUUGACACAGGCGGGUGCCACGCAGGUGUAUGCCAGCUCCAUGAACCCCAGCCACGCCGCCCUCUACAGUCAGCUCAGUCAGAUCGCUGCCAGCCCAGCCGCAGCGUCCGCCGCUGCCUACUCCACACCGGUCUAUGCCCAUGCCAUGGCCAACCACCACCACCCAGGGGCCGUCUACCUGGCAGCCCAUGGCGUAGAGAUGCCUACAGCCGCUGCUGCCAUCAACCAGGCCUACGCCUUGGCGCCGGCGCUGUAUGGGGGCGCCCAGCAUGCCUACGGCCACAUGGGGAUGGGAGCCAUGAGCGUGUCAGCGGACCCGUCGGCGGCCAUUUUUGAGGCGGCGAGGGUGCAGCACUACUUCGCCCAGGGACAGCAGGUUCUGGCCGAGCAGCAGAAUGCGGCGGCGGCACAAGCAGCGAAGUCCGGGGAAAGGGACCGGAGUCCCCUGAGGCGCUCGGCGGGGUCCCUGCUGCCCGACCCCGUCAUGAAGCCCUUCAUGUACCAGAGAGCGCCCAAGCAACGCCGGCCACUGCUCCCCACCCCUGCUGGGCGAGCUGCAGAGGAGGCAGCGGAGGCUGCAGAGGACCCCAUGGCUAGGUACUAGCACUUUCUCCUUAUCAAACCUUCUUUGACUCUCAUUCACAAUUUAGUUGGCUUUACGCUCUAUGGGGCGAAUCCAGAUUUCCACUUUAAGUCACAUUUUUGUGUCCCAUUGACAUCAGUGCAGGACUGAGUGAAAAUUUUGCCCCAAUGAUUGUAGGAAUAUUUAAUCCUCUCUGACCCUCCCCAAUGCACUGCCCCCUACACCAUAAACACUCCUUUCUCACUACAUUACCCUCUCUCACUACAAAUCUUCAUCAGUUUUCAGACUUCAGAAGUGGUAUUGGACAUACUUACUGUACCGGAAUUGCUCAAUACAUGAUCCUUCAUUGCCAUCAGACUGGCUUUACCCCCUGUAUAUUUUCUGAAAGCCUGUUCUUUUUGUGUGAAAAGACUACAAUUCCCUGCUAGUAGAUGAUCUAAAACGCUCUCUGUCCCCCUCCCUCCGUGUGUAUCUUAGAGACCAGUGUCAACAGUAUGCUGAGUACUACCAACGACAGCACCAACAGUACCAUCAGCUCCAGCAGUUACAGUAAUUAGGCAAAUCCUAAUUUCCACUUUAAGUCGAAAGUCCACUUUUAAGUUGAAUUUUCACUUAGUCUCACAUUUACAUCGAUGCGUGGCUAAGUGAAAAUUUGACUAAAGUGGAAGUUAGGGUUCGCCCCAAUGGUUUUAGGAGCACUUAACUCAUCUCGCUCCUUAUUGAAUCCUCUCUGACCCUCCCCAAUGUACUGCACUCUCUCCUUUUUCACUACAUGACCCCUCUGAUGUUCACACUUCAGGAGUGGUAGUGGACAUACACUUAGCUGAAUUGCUCAAUACGUUAUCCUUCAUUGUCAUCAGAGGCUUGUUUUAAUUUAACCAACCCCUUGCACAUUUUCUGAAAGCCUGUUCCCUACUGGUACAUGAUCUAAAAUCUGUUCCCCUCCCUCGUGUGUAUCUUAGAGAGCAGUACCAACAGUAUGCUGAGUACUACCAACAACAACACCAACAGUACCAGCAGCUCCAGCAGUUACAGUACGCUAUCUACCCUACCUACCGCCCCCGGAAAGACUCUGUACCCCACUAGAUUUUUUUAAACCUUGUGUGUGUAAAAGACUGUAUUAUAGUAGAUAAUCCAAAACCCUCUUGUCUGUCUGUCUCCCUUCCCCUGUCUGUCCCUCUAUCCUUCCCUCCCUCUCUUUCCUCCUUUUUCCUCCUUCCCUCUGUCUGUCCCUUUCCCCCUCCCCACCUCUCUCCCAGGUACUAUGCAGAGUACUACCAGCAGUACCAGCAAUACCAGCAACUCCAACAGUACCAGCAACUCCAACAGCUCCAGUGCGCCUACCCGCCUCCCAACCACCACGCCAUCGCCGGCAUCCCUGCCCACGCCAUGGCGGGCCACGCCCACCACCACGGCCAGCCCGGUCACGUCACGGCGCUGGACGCCGCCCUCAGGCCAGUGGUGGCUGCCUCCGCCAUGGUGGCGGUGCCCAGAGUGUAUGAGCCGCCGCUGCCGCCGCCUCCGAACCGCAAGGAGGCCGUCCUCCGCCGAGCCCCCGAACUCUCCCUUCACACGCCUGAGCCCCCCUUCCGAUAGUCCACACCUCCCUCGCACACCUCCUCUGUUCCCCCCCUGCACACAACCUGUAUACCACCCUCGUACCCCUCCUUCCUCUCAGUGGCUGUGUGUGGGGGUAUAUAUAUCUGGAUGUGUAUCUGUGCGAGAAUGAGUGUUUUAUGUGUGGGGUUGGUUUGGUAUUGGGUUUGGGUUUGUCCGUUGACUACAGUAAAAACUAAGACCCUAGCUCCAACCAUGGUUAUGAUACCAGACACACAGUGCAGUUAAAGACGGGAAAAGUUGCUCUCUUCCACCACAUACUGUUGGCAUUUUUUUGUAGGGCUUUCUAUGACUUUCUGAAGUGUAAGAAAUAGAUGACAACCCUCAUACAUUUUCAUUGCCUUCAAGAGUGAUGAUUUACAGUGUAAAGGCCAAAAUAUGAUGGUUCUCGAGUGUUCAAUGAAUUAGCUAAUCUCUCCACUAGUUCAACAGUAAUAUUUCUAGCUUUAUUUGAACUAUGUGAAUGUCUAAUUGAAACUGCACUGUGGUUUGUUGUGAAGGUCCAGGGUUGGAGGGGUCUGUGUGGCUUGCAUGCGUCGGGACUGUGGUGUGAAAGUGUGUGUGAGAGAGAGAGAUGUUGGCUUUCUGUUGUUUCAAUGUAAUUCACACACACACACUGUCUUGUUCCCUCACUAGCUCACCCCUGGGGGACUCGAGGGCACAGAUCACAGCCACACUACUAUUUAAGAACUACCUUCUACCUACCCAGCCUCAUCCCUCCCUCACCCCGCUUCAACCAGAACACUGAAAGACACUGCUGCAUUUCUGCCCUCUUUUUACUCUGUCUAUACCUUAGCCUGGCUAAACCAGAUUGAACGCUGUGCUCACCACUGAAACAAUGGAGGAUUCAGUCAGGUUUCACCAGGCUUAUCUAUACCUACCUCUGACGAUGAGAUAGGACUGAGAUUAGCUGGUUAGAAUAUGAGUCGUCUGCUUUCUAUCCAUCCAGUAUAUAAGUUGGUGUCAGUUGCAGGGCUGUGAUCCAUUCCAUUUGAAUUCUAUUCAGUCAAUUUACUUCCUGAAUUGAAAUGGAAUGGAUCCCAACCCUGGUCAGGAGUUUGGAGAAGAAUGCCACAUUUUAGUGACAAAGAUUAUGUAAUAUACUAAUAGUCUUAAUGAAUCAGUGUAUUUUGAGGCCUUUUGAA